AUGUCUCUGCCAGACGAUCCAUCAUCAUUCUUGUUAGACGACGAUGAGUCUACCAUGUCGCCAUCACCACCCCCAUCGCCACCAUCAAUUUUGCGUAUCCCCCUUGCUCUGAGACGCACUCGGGACGAAGCCUCAGCCAGCGGCGUCAUCCCCGGCCCAAUCAAUCCAUUGCCUAGGAUGAUACCCGUGUCAAUCGCGUAUAUGCUCUUCGCCACGCGAAUGGCGAUGAUCGAAAGCGUGGAGCACCGCAACCUAAGAAUCAGUGCACUAAACAUGGAGCUCCUGUUCCACUCAUGGUCCACAAAUCCUGUGGCGACUUACCUGAUGACAAACGGCCCCUUCCCGAUUGACCGCAUUCGCACCCUAUACGAGGCUUUCGGUCGAACUCUAUCUCCCGCACUGAGCAGCGUCCCUGAUGAGGUACGCAGUGACGAGGAUAUCGCCACGAUGCGUGACACACUAAUCUACGAGGCCGUACGUACCGAAACGGAUAUCACAGCUGUGCUUGACGCACUGACCUAUGACAUUGGCCUACGUUUCAUGGCAGAGGCAGUGCGAACGGCGCCACAAUCAGAGGAAAUUGCCGUGCAUAAUGAGCUUCUUAUGCAUUUUCGGAAUUCAACUCAACGACAGGCAGACAGCGAGACAUGGCAGCGUAUCUACAAUGAUUUCAUGAGAGCAUACAAUCGGCCUUUGAGGGCUGACACCACAGCCGCGCGGACCGUUCAACCGAGGACUCAGCCAACGACAGAUGAGCCAGCUACCGCUCAGAAUACUAAUGCAGAUGACGCCUCUGCAGCCAAUGAUGCCCAGUAA